AUGAAGCUGUCAAUUUUAACAAUCCUUCUUACUGUGGCUAAAUCAGUUAACUCCAAAGUAGUAGAUCACAAAGUUGAAAAUUCGGAACUUAGUGUUAAUGUUAGCGAUGAUUCUGGGGAUGAAUACUCUGGUGUAAUGAUUCAUGGAAAUGAGAGAAGAGACGAUGAUGAUGGUCAAGAAGGUGAUGGAGACAACGAUGACAAUGAUGCUGAUGGAGACAAUGAUGCUGAUGGAGACAAUGAUGAUGAUAAUGAAAUAAAAGAUUAUUGUAAAUUUUAUACUGCUCAAGAUGACGACGAUACAUGUGCGUCAAUUGCGGCUAAAUAUUCUGGUCUUACAGAAAGCGAUAUUAUAAGUUUUAAUUCUAAAAAUGGCUAUUUUUACGGUUGUGACAUGAUAUGGAAAGGAGACAAAAUAUGUAUAUCUAAACCUGAUGACGACAAAUAUAACGACCGUCACCGUACUACGUCCUCUAAAUUUAGUUCAUCACUGAAAACUUCAGCACAAUCUUCGAAACGUACAUCGACUAGAAAUUCGCAUGCAACUGAUGGCACCGACACUGACUCGGAUGACGACGACAACCAUCAUGGUACGGCGUCCUCUAGUUCAUCCGUGAAAAAUUCACAGUCUUCGAAACGUACAUCGACAAGUAAUUCGCAGUCAACUGAUUCUGGAUCGGGGGCUGCAGUAGAUUAUCAAUGUUCGUGGUUUGGUAUAUCCGUUGCCGGUGCUAUUGCAGUUGGUGGCUUCUUGAUUUAA